GGAAACAAGGUGGCGCUUCGCUGAACGCAGCGGCCGGUGUGAGAGACAGACCGCGGUUCGAAUCGCGUCAGCCGAGCGCGGCGCGGAUUUGGCCGUUUUGCUCACUCGGGUAAACGGACGCGACGACGAGCCGCCUUGGAGGUGGCCCGGCUAACGUUAGCCGGGCCAAGCUAACUAGCGCGCUAGCCGUUAGCAAAGAUGUCCCUGCUGCGUCAACGUGUCAACGGAGUUGGACGUGAGAUGCCGUUUGCCGACGUUAGCUUACUCUGAUUACUUUGUUUGGUUGUUGUUGUUUUGUUGCCCGCUUCUGGUUGUGCCCAGGUUACGUGUGGAGCAGAUAGUUACCCGCCUUGUCCACCUGGGGUGUCUAGUUAAGCGGAAUGGAGCACUUGGCGAGCCCGUCGGAGGGGAGCUGAGCUUUGCUAACGUUAACUCCGGCCUCACGAUGCUGCGAUGCGGCGUUAGCUUGGCGGUUUGUUCCCUGGCCUCCGUUUUCACCUAGCAACUUCGGCGAGCCUGUGUCCCCUCGGGUUUUGACCCUUUUGCCGGGAAUGGGGGAUAUGAAGACCCCAGAUUUUGAUGAUUUGCUGGCAGCUUUUGACAUUCCUGACAUUGAUGCCAAAGAGGCCAUACAGUCCAGUCCGGAAGAAGAGGGCCAUGGAGGGCACAAUGGAGGAGACGGCACCAGAGAGAUGGGAGGACCCUCUUGUUUCCCCUGCUCGCCUCUCCCUCAGGGUGACCAUCCGGCUGUGAGUGUAAUUGUAAGGAACAGUGUGCGGCAUGAGUCUUAUGGAGAGGGGGACAAUUCUGUCAGUGAGGAUGCCAACAACUCUACGGACGAUGCUGAGAGUUUCUCCAACAGUGGCGUUGUCCCAAAGGAUGAGGCCGAAAUAACUUGUAAAGAAACCUUUGAGCCCCAGAUGCAUGAUAGGUUUCAGUUUUCGGUGCCCAGAGUUGAGGGACAAACCAAUGGAGAACUGUGGCCCCGUCGUUCUCCGCUGAGCUCCUCGCCCACCUCUAGUGAGCAAGGAGCCAAAGAAGUAGCUGAUGCUGGAUCAGCGAGCCAUACGGCUGACGUGAUGAGCACGCUGAGGCCCCUCCUCUAUCCCCAGUCCUCAGCCAGUGCUACUCCCCCUGUACCAUUCACUCCCUCCUUAUCAUCUCCACCCUCCUGUCAUUCUGUCAGCCAACAACCUCCUCCUUCUCCCCAACCCAUUCAGAAGGAAGAGACCAGUAGCCCCUAUAGCCCACCAUCCUCCCCGCCUGCCCUCAAUGGGAGUAUGAGAGGCGAGGUACGGCACAUCAGUGAAUCAGAGGAAGAAGAUUCGGAGCCUGAUUUGGGAAGCCCGCUGGUGAUACAGGAAAGCCCAGAAUCUCUGAUGUCGCCCUCCUCCAGUAUUCCACAGGGAUGUGAAGUGUCCACUGAACUUCUCGGCUCACUUCAGACCUCCCCUAGUUGCCUCCUUGGCGCUCCUCCUCUCUCUUCCUCACCUGCUUUCUUUAAACCUAAACCCCGUCCCAAUGAGGAGGUGCCCUCCACUCCUAGUUCUACCCCCACAGCACCAGAGCUGAAGGUCCCCCAAUCCUGCCCCUCCUCCAGUCUGACACAGUGCACCUCAGCCAAAGAGGAGAAGUAUCCAGAACACGUGAUUGAAGAGAGGGACUCUCCCGAGAGCCCGCCGCCUGAUCAGACAGGCUUUGCCAUGCCAAGGAAAAGCCUCAGCCCAGCUCCAGCAUCGGCCCCAGCUUUUACCUCCAACCACAAGGACCCUAUUGACCAAGCGGAGCCCAUGGAGAAUGAGCCUAGUCAACAGUGCGUGUUAGGGGAGGUCAGUGAAGCGGGGGGUGAAAAAAUGGAGGUUGGAGAUGGAGGAAAAGCCGACAAGGAGAACUCUGGCACCGGCUCACCGUCUGUUGAUGCCACGUGUGACAGUGCUGCAGAGGCAGGUUUGCCCUUAUCCCGUUUACUCAAGGUCAAAAUCAAAAUGGUCAAAACGCCUACAGGGAGUAUCACGGGGACUGUGACCGGAGUUCCCCCUAAAAACGCUGGAGGGGUCCCUUCUGAAACAGUGGAUGGUUCCAAACUUCCACCAGGAAAUCAUAACAUUGUGAGCAGGCCCAAGAGGGAUGCGUCCCAGAAACGCACACCAAACAGCACUGAAACGUUACCCCCAGGACCAAGGCUCCAGGAUGCCAGCGCUGCAAUGUUAACGGCCGCCAGCAAGCUAAAAAACAAAACGGCAAUAGACGCCAAGCUCCAAGUCUCACCCACAGCUGUCAGCAUCACCAAAGCUGCAGCCCUGCCGUCCAUCUCCUCUUCCAGAAUCAGUACCGAGGGGGUUGGCAUGUGUGGCCCCGGCCAGAAAACUCUAAUCAGUGGGGUGACCGUGACCUCACUGACUCCUCCGCUCCCUCCCCAUGGCAGCAGGCUAGCCUCCAUAGUUAACAACACGGGGUCAAUCAUAUCCAAGAGUCAGUCCAACCUGGUGGAAGCCUUCAACAAGAUUCUCAACAGCAAAAACCUGCUGCCUAGCUAUAAGCCAGACCUCAGCUCUCCACUUCCUGCGGAGUGGGGUUUGCCCCUGCCUGCACAGGGUUACCGUUGUUUAGAGUGUGGUGAUGCCUUUGCUCUGGAGAGGAGCCUCGCACGGCACUACGACCGGCGCUCGCUGAGGAUCGAGGUGACCUGUAACCACUGUGCCAAGAGGUUGGUCUUCUUCAACAAGUGCAGCCUACUUUUGCAUGCCAGGGAGCACAAAGAAAAAGGCCUCAUCAUGCAGUGUUCCCACCUGGUCAUGAAACCUGUAUCUGUGGAGCAGAUGGUGGGCCAACAGGAGCCUACACCCGUUGCUGUGCUCUCUCCCUCUCUCCUGUCCUCAGCCGGGGCGCCAUCAUCGUCUGCACUAAACACGGCCGUUGCCAACCCGGCGCCACAGCUGCAGCAAGCAACAACCGGCAAGAAGGCAGAGCCAGUGCAAUACAAGAAUAAUACAUGUCCCGAGUGUCUGGUUCAGUUCUGCAGCAAAGAAGAGGUUGCUGCUCACUUCCAAGAAGUGAAACCAGCACAGAGCACCCAGUGCACCGAGUGCUCUCCUCCCAUGCUCCUUCCCAACAGCUGCAGCUCAGCGGCUCACCAGCGCAUCCACAAAGCCUGCCCACCCCACGUGUGUCCCGAGUGCGGGGGGAUUUCCAAACAGCCGGGCUUCCAGACCCACCUGGACGAGGCCUGUUUGCACUUUGCACGGCGCAUUGGAUAUAGGUGUUCCAGUUGUCAGGUGGUGUUUGGAGGACUGAACUCUGUUAAGUCUCACAUUCAGGUGGCUCACUGUGACACCUUCCACAAAUGUCCCAGUUGCCCGAUGGCUUUUAAAUCUGCUGCUAGCACACAGAACCACAUCACUACACAGCACCCUACUCUCACUGGAGGACAGGCCAAGAUGAUCUAUAAGUGUGUGAUGUGUGAUACGGUUUUCACCCAGAAUUCCCAGCUGUACGUCCACUUUGAUAUCCAUCUGGCCAAUCAAAAGGUGCACGUGUUUAAGUGUCCCGAGUGCACCAAGCUCUUCUCUCAGAGAAAUUCGUUGAUGGACCACAUGAAGUGUGCACACAAGGCUCCCUUGUCCAAACAGGAUUUACCCUCCCCCGCCCCCCCAGCUACUUCCUCCCGAUCACAAUCUUCAACAAAGCCGGAGAGCUCUGAUGGGGAGGAUCAGGAGGGAGAAGAGAAGGGGAAGGUGAACGGGGAGAGAACAGCAACCACCUCCGGGUGGAAGUGCGCGUCUUGCCGUACCCACUACACAGACAGAGAGGCCUUCGUCACCCACAUGGCUGAACAGCACGGCAAGAUUAUGAAGAAGUUCCCGUGUAACAAGUGCGAGAGCUCCUUCACCACGACCUCCAGUCUCAGACGCCACAUCCGAGUCAAACACAAAGGCAUUAAACGGGGCUACCACUGUCAGUUCUGUACUGACAGUGAUAAAACAUUCAACAGCAGGGUGAUGUUGGAGAGGCACAUUCAGCUGAGGCACAGCAUGGAGGCAGCGAGCCAGGACGCACCACAGGCAGGUAGUGGUUUGGACGAGGUGGACAGCUCCUCUGAGCACGACAGCGGCCCGGGGUCUCAACAGAAACGGAAAGGAGCCGUGAAGGCGGCACGGGAUGGAAAUUUCUCGGACAGGGUGAGGCCGGCUAAGAAGACCCGACUCUCCUCCUCAGCACCAGCUCCGUCUUCUCUCCCCGAGUCCGGUUUCCGCUGCGCCCCCUGCGGCUUCACCACCGAGGACCAGGCCGCCUUUCUGGAGCACAUCCCCCAGCACCGCACCGAGGGGACCGCAGGUAGGGGAGUUCAGUGUCUACAGUGUGGGGCCUGCUUCACGUCCCUGAGCUCCCUGUCUCGCCAUCGCUUCAUCACCCACAAGGUCAGAGUCGCGCCUGCCGACGGCAAGCUUUCCCUCACUAGCCAGCCAGCGCCCUCGCCUGGUGGCAGCGAGAACUACGAUGAUACAAACCCGCGUGGGGGUUUUCCUCCGGUCUUGCUCUCCUCUCGACCCUCUGCACCGCAUGACAAGGAAGGGGAGGGCAGACUGGACUGUAAAGUUUGUGGGAAACACUUUGAGAAGACGACUGACUUGAAUACUCACUUUAGAACUCACGGUAUGGCCUUUAUCAACACCCGCAACUCAGGCAAAGCCACAUAAAAAAGGGGGGAAGGUAGAGAAGUCGGUAGAGGCCGGUAAGAGAGUAGAUUGAAAGUGCCUGAAAAUAGUGCAUUAUGUAUUACGUUAGCCAAAGAUUUGUCUUUAUGCAUGCUUAAUAAUCCAGGUGAGAAAGUCACAGAAAGGUGAAUCGGCUCAUCUGGCCACAACGUUUAGUGGGAGAAACGUCUCAACACUCCUCCAAGUGACCUCGUCAGUCUCCACUG